AUGAAAACUUUUAUUACGCUGGCGGUAGGAGGGAGUGCAUGCGCAAUUGUCGCAACGUUAUUCAUAGUUGUGGCUAUGUUCAAAGAUAUCAACAUGCUCUAUGAUGAUGCAAUGGUGGAAAUUAAUGAUUUUAAGGUAAUAGCAGAUGAUGCUUGGGAUAGAAUUGUGAUGCUACAUACAUCUAGCAACAGUGAUGCUCCCAUCACUUUUGCAAGUUUAAUAUCUCGUCACAAACGUCAAUAUCCCGAACAUUGUAAUUGCGGACCUUCUGCGAAAGGUUGUCCAAGAGGGCCUCCGGGACCUCGAGGUGAUCGAGGAAUAAGGGGCGUGGAUGGAUUUCCAGGGAUUGAUGGUCGUAAAGGAACACCCGGAGUUGCACUUCUUGCCACACAUAAUAUCCCAGGUGGUUGUAUCAAUUGUCCUCCUGGACGACAAGGACCACCAGGUCCUCCUGGUUUCCCAGGUGAUCAAGGACGGACUGGACGUCGCGGCAGUCCUGGCAGACCCGGGAGAAAAGGUGUAGUAGGUCGAUCUGGGCCGAUAGGACCACUAGGACUUCGUGGUAUUCAAGGUAAAACAGGUAUGCCAGGAAUACCCGGCCUCAAUGGUAAACGUGGACGAGGAGCGCCUGGACCUAAAGGUCCAAGAGGUUCACGUGGACCUAUUGGAGUUCCUGGCAGAAAUGGCCGCAGCGGCUUGAAUGGUCGGCAUGGAAUCCCUGGAGUGCCCGGAAUAUUCGGUAAACCAGGGCGCCAGGGUCGUCCCGGACGUCGUGGACCGAUGGGAAUCCCAGGAAUUCCAGGACCAGAUGCUCACUACUGCCCGUGUCCUUUACGAACUUCAGUACUUUUAUCCAGGAAAUUAUGA